GGUUCCUUAUAUCUGUGCUUGAUUCUCGCCCUUUCAUGCAAUAUUAGGCUAUAUAUAUGCUCACCUUAUAGCAAUUUAAACAGCAACAUAUGAAGCCUAAUCCACCUCUUAAAUUCAAUUAGUAUAUAUAAAUUCACCAAUUUGAACCUGGCAAUUUGAAGCAGAAAGCAUCAAGUUUUAUCUAGGAAGUCAACAUAAAUGGCAUUGAGAGGAUUGAUUCGGUCAUCGAUCUUUAGAAGGCAGCUGCAUGUGAUAUCGAGAUCAAGCAGCAACAUCAGACCAGCUUCUCCAACUCCCUCAAAGCUCAAACAAUACAACAUUCCUUUACAUGAUCGCAUGAUUCCAGAUUUUAGUAUUCCCAUGGUUUUCUUUUAUCCCAUCAACUCUAAUCACAGUUCAAAAGCAAUCCCUGAUAAUGUGUCCAAGUCAGAUGUACUCAAAAAGUCUUUAUCCGAGACACUUUCCAAGUACUACCCUUUUGCUGGUAGGCUAUGUUCUGGAUCCUACGUUGAUUGUAACGAUCAAGGCGUUCAUUUUGUUGAUGCCCAAAUCGAAUGUAAGUUGUCAGAGGUUCUGGAAAAACCUCCUGUAAAGGAAGAAGAAGAAGGUUUAGGCCAUCUCUUUCCACCGCGAACAAUUUGGAAUCAGUUGUCUGAUCUUUAUGGCGGUACUGUAAUGCAUGUUCAAGUAAAUCAUUGCACUUGUGGAGGAAUUGCUCUAGCAGUUAGUCUUAGUCAUCUUCUUGGAGAUGCUCUUACUCUUUGCUCAUUCCUAAGGUAUUGGGCCUCUUUGUCAUUCAACUCAGGUGAUCACCAGAAAUCAUUACAUCUAUGUCCACGAUUCGUGUAUGAGCUGCUGCCUCCGUCAUAUGACAGAGAUUCAAUCCCAAUUGUGUCAUAUCCAGAUAAGAAUUGGACCACUAAGGCGAUCGUGUUUCCCAACAAAAAGCUAGCAAAACUCAAGGCAGCAGUGGAAAAUGAAGACAAAGUAGACGGAGUAGUAGAAGAUCAAAAAUACACCCGAAAUGAGCUUCUGACAGCACUCAUUUACAGAUGCAUUGUAGCAGCCGUAGCCAGAACAAAUUCAGGAACACGUGAAGGUUCAGGUUUUAUCCGGAGUGUUAACGUGAGACCUCUGCUUGAUCCGCUCCUGCCAGAAACAAGUGUAGGGAAUUUCGUGAUUCCAAACUACAUUCUAACAAGCACGGAGAGUGAGACAAAGUUCAGAACGUUGGUAGGACGAAUGCGGGAAGAGAAGAGGCAGCUAAAUGGAAUCAAGAGCCUGGAAGGGCAUCAAGUGGAAACAAAAAUACGUGAGUUGAGUAAAAAACACAGGCUCUAUGGUAUUAGCAGCAUGUGUAAUUUCCCACUGUAUGAUGUGCUGGAUUUCGGGUGGGGAAAGCCGAUGAAUGCUGUGCUUGUGGACACACCGAUGGUUGAUUGCGUUAACCUCAUGGAUACCGCAAAUGAUGGUAUCAGGGCUAUGAUAGGUUUAGGAGAGCAGGACAUGAAAUUCUUUUUGGCGCAAGAAGAUUUGCUCACUUAUGCAUCUCUUUAAUAGCUUGUCAAAUUCCUUGUCUCUCAGCACCAAACUGUUGGUUUUAAUAAUCGAACACGCUCAUCCUUGAUAGAACCUCAACUACGUGUUUAUUUUUCAACUUCUCCAUCAAAGUCAUAAUACUAAUCAAGUCAUCACACCGUUUUUUAUCUAAUAUUUACACGAUGUGAAACUUGGAUUGGAUGCGGGUACAACAAAUAUGCCAAGGUCCAAGGAUACAAAAGAAGCUCUUGAGUCUUGGGUGGAUAGAAACCGAUGGCUUUUCCUUUUUUCAUUAUUGUAAUCUUCUCUUUUCAGUUUGUUUCUAUUUCAAUUUUCUGACUUGUAUUUUUAGGUUGUUUUCUCUCCUUGAUAAGAUGUUUGUUUUCGCUUCUUGAUUGUAAGCGUGCGUGGGUCUUGAUUUGGUGAUAAAAUUUUGUAUAAGAUCACAAUUCUGGUCGAUAGCUCAAACGAUAGCUCCAUUGGGCCAAUGAUGAAGAGGGUACCACGACACUAAUUGAACUAGAAUGUAUGCAGUUGUAUUUGUAUAUACAUUAUCUUCAAAAUAAUGUUUAACUGU